AUUCGGACUGCAGAGAUUCCAUCGGUGCAUGUCCGAAGGAAAUGACGUGUGGUUUCAGUCCGGCCGAUCUUCUCGGAAACGGGCAAACAACUGACGAAGGAAUUCUAGUCUUAUGGCUGUUGGUUUAUUGUGCGUUGCCAAAAACUUCAUGCGAUAAUUGCAACACAAUGUUCCGCUUUACAGAAUUAGACGUUUAUCCAAACUAUGCAAACGAUGACUACGGACAAAUGCACAUCACUUAUAUUGGUGUGGGCAAUGAAAAGUACAGACACUGGAUAUCGUAUGCGGUUCACCAACCGGCUGAAGUUCAUCAGGUGGAAACUUACCACGUGAUCACGGGAAGUACCAUACAAAAGUGCACAGUGAAUUUCAAAGUAUACAGCUCUUGUUGUAUUCAUAACAAAGAGCCACGUAAAUCUCAUUCGCCAUUCAAGUGUGAGUCAUCUUACGUAGUAUACAAUAGAGAGUAUGAUGCAAGGGAAUACUUACUGGUUUAUGAGCACCGUAAGCAUUCAAUUGAACUGGCCACCUCAUUCAUUUGGUUCAAAGUAAAGGUGGCAUCUUUUACGAGGUGGUAUUUUUCACAGCAUGAACAACGGGACGAUACAGUCGUAUGCCCACAGUUUGGUAAGAUGCCUUCAAGCACCCCACCAGAGCUGGGUCACAGACUUAGUGCAACAAGUGAGACACAUACCAUGCGCCUGAGUGACCUUAAACAAUUCGCCCUUGUGGAAGAGUUCCAAGGAGUGCAGCUAAACACUAAUGCGUUUGCUACUGACGUUCACCGAUACAAGGUCCUACACUUCAUUUACAACCCCAUGUCAAACGUGUUUCGUGUGAAGGAGGUUCCAUGGAGGUCUUGGCACUCUAGGUACCGUGCAAACAUACGUAACUGGACGCAGUUACUCCAUGUAGAACGACAUUCGAAGGCGUUAUUGAUGAUUAUCCACCCGAAUAAUGCCUCCGUAACUGCUUUAUUGGAGGAGCUGCUAAAGGAGUGGAUAGUGUACAGAAAUAUGCAUAAGAAAUUCGAGUGGCCCUCGUCCUGGCAGUCUCCUGCCAUCCGACUCGUAGGCCUGAAAGUGACUAGGAAGUCUGUAUUUCUGGAAGGAGAUAACAAAACCAUAUACGUCGAGCCAGAAUACAUCCAUCCUCACCUAAAAUCCAUUUGCUACAAGCGACUCACUGAAUCGGAUGAGUACACGCCCACGGAUCGUCUCAUUAUAACGCCGAACAAACCAUAUUUUGAGCUGCGCAUCAUGACGAUAGACGACAGCGGGAUGUAUCGCUGUGAAACCCCAAAGGAUGCAAAUAUACAGUACCAAUUUUUCACCGAUUACUACAUUAUUGUGCUGCCAAGGGAAAAAGACGUGUGGAAUUAUUUGGCUUUGAAACCUCCAGAACCUGGUGACGCAAUUACUGACAACUACCCGUAUAUCGAUGCUCUCAACCGAUCCUACUUUAUUAACGACAAACCCAUAUUUGGCAGCUGCAUUUACUUACUAUCUAAAGGUCUGGACAACUACAAUGGUCAGAAGAUGCACUAUCUCAUAUUUGAUGGUUACCAACCUGAGCAGGUGCGAAAAUUUACGCGAGAUCUAGGUGGUCGGUUUUUGCUUGUGCAUGUCUAUGAAAUUGCUCCUCGUUAUUCGACAGAAGCGGUGGAAAGCGAAUUCUCUUGUUUGUAUCAGUACGAGCAGAACUUCUCCAAGGUAUUGCAUCAUCCGACCAUACCGGUUAGCAAAACUAACUUUGUUAAAACUCGGCGCAUAGUAGCUACUAAGCACAAGAAACCACUGAUCAUCACCACAUCCAUACAAACAAAUAGUCCCGAACUGACCAGAAAGCUGCGCACAUUCACGUGGUCAACUGCGGACGUAUAUGAUCCGUUGAAGGCAUCGGUGCCUGAGAGCAAUGUGCUGGAAGGCUUACUUUAUGGUUCGUUCGUAGUCCUGAUCAGCGAGUAUGAUGGUUGGGUGUCUGUAUACACGGGCGACGAGAUGUAUCAAGAGCCGUGCAGCCUUGUAAGCUAUGGGGUUCAACUUCAUCCCGAUAGUCCACUGCUUUCCACAGUGGAGAUGAAAAAUUCACACGGUCUGAUUGCAAAGCAAUACCGCUUUGAAUGUACUUUGACCGCAGAAAAGCAGAGCCUGUUGCUGAGUGCGUACAAUCCAGUGGCUGGUAAAGUGGACAAAACUGCUGCUGAAUAUGUCACACACAGGCUAGCUAACUCAUUUCUACACCGCGUACCGAUGGCUGAGUUUAUCGAUGAGAGGAACUCGGUUCCAGAUGUUUUACUCAGUCUUCGUCUGGCUCGAUUAUUCGUUCGAUGGCAAGGCACUGUAAACUCAGGUGAUUUCAUUCAGAUGCAAUGGCGUACAGACGUGCGAGACGCUUCCCAGGUCGUUUGUUUUUAUCGGAUGAAUGAGACUAUACCUUGGAGGGAAAUCGGACCACAUUUCCAGUUUCGCCUCGAUACUUCUAAGGGAGUUUUCAGGUUGACAAAAAGAAAAGCACUUCAAGAGGAUUCCGGAUUGUAUCACUGCCGCUUUUGCAUCGACUGUAUUGCGCCCACAGAAUCCGAAACACGUAGGCUUGUGGUAUCACCAAACUCGUCCGAGUUAGCCAUAGACAUUGACCACGGGAACUCUCAUCAUAACGGUUCCGGGUCAUUGGACGACCCGGUCAAAACAGAUGCACCAGUGAUGCAGGUGAAGUGUUCAGUUAAAUUGUACCGUGGUAUACAGCAACGAAGUUUUGAACUUAACCACUCAUACGAAACCGCCGUUCCAGACAGCGACACUCACAUGAAGCUGGAAACAUUGAGUAACUACCAGUUGGUACGUUCAGCCGAUGAAUAUCAUCACUUGUUGAACAUGUUUGAUGUGGAGAAACCAAAGUCGCACGAUUAUUGGAAAUACGUUCGCAUCAGUUGUCGUUUGGUCUUGGUGGAUGUGGUGCACGAUCCACGCGAUAUUCUUGACAAUGUGUCUACGAUUACGAGCACUAGAAGUGUGUACUUAAAGUACGAGCUGUUUCGAGGACCAGUCAUGAUUCCAGAAUUCAUCCAAACUAGUAGUGAGACACUAACGUCCGCCUUACGCUCCAAUGAGUCUACGCACAUGAGCACCGUUUUAUCAUCAAAAGCUAUUGACGAGCUUGAAAACGUGUUCACCGUCGAGUAUACGAUGUUCAUGGGUCUACCAGAAGGCUGGACCAAAGUGUGGAAAGUGACGUGUGCAUGGGAUACAACUUCUGCGUCCGAUUGUAUCCUCAUGAAAAGUUCCAUUAUCACCGACCCAUCCGUUGUUGCCGGACUUGAAUCCAAUCCGACCUAUCAAGUCAACCGUGGACUGAAUUUCAUGAAACAUCAUUACGUUUGCCUCCUGAACAUCCACUCCUCACUGCUGGUAAUUGGCAGCUUUGCCCAGAGUGAAUCGAAUCAUUCCAAGGAUGAGAUAGAGAGUGAAACAAAACAAGCAACAGUUUCAGCCGUUCAGUGCAAGUCACAUGUGACUGAGAGAGUUAUUGUUAAGGAAACCAAGAGACCAGUCACUUCUGGGUUCAUAAUCACGACAAGAGCAGUUCUGUUGAAUAUCAUGUGGGCCGCUUCAACAAAUAUAGGUCAAUCAGCUCUGAUGCUUGGAAUAAUGCCACCAAAACCAUUUGCCCUGCAAUGCUUCCAUAAAACGGACACUAAUCCAAUUUAUAGGCGGUUAACGGCAAGUCCAGAGUCACGAGUAUCCUUUGAAUUGGUUGCUUUCCGCAAGACAUUUGAACAAUUGAACUAUUCCGAUUCCGGUACCUACAAAUGUAACACAACCGAACCGUGCCCCUUUUGUUCGCCUGAUGUAGGAAUCCCUCCACGACAAAUGAGUGUGUUUCCAGACGAGUCCAUUUUGUCAGUACAACUGAACCUUCAACCGCUCCAGCCAGAUUCUGCACCGAGUGCGCAUUUCGCUCAGUACACUGAUGAUGGAGUACCAUACCUGAAGGCGGGCCAAAAAGCUAGUGUACAGUGCGUCUAUGAAGUUUCGCCCGUCGAACGCUUUCACGCGGAACUCCAUAUGCUUUACGAGGUGUAUGACAUUGAACGCAGCAAAUCGGUGGGUUUGCCAGCUAUGCUUGAGGCCAAUUUCACCAAAAUGAAAAACGGGAGGAGUUUCUUCUUAGCUGGUUAUGCAAUCGUGGCUCCAAUGGCUCAUCAAGUACUUUCGCGCGCUGAGUGCCGUCUGACCUAUCGUCCUGGUGCUACUCCUCAUGACGUCGCGGCCCCAGUCGGAGUUGUCUAUGUUUCUAAAGGCGUUAACAUACACGUUAUUAUCGACGCGGCGGCAAAUUUAUUUCCUGAGUACAUAAUUUCCGAUACAAUGGAAAUAUUUAACAAUUGGUAUUCGAUAUCCAAUCAAGAGCCGAACGCCAUUCAUUUUCACCGAUCUGCAUCAGACCAGCUCUUAGAAGAGGGCAUAUUCACAUUUCACAGCAUGCAAGCACUGGGAGUACCGGCAGGAACCACACUAGCCUUUGUCAUACACCAACAUAGUAAAAGACUGUAUCACGAGGAAUGCAGGUUGGUGAGCACGGAGCAAGCUGAUGAUGCCGAUAUACCGGUUGAUCUAAAAGUGCACCAGGCUUAUUUAGACAGUGGUGGUAAACAUUUUUUUAACGUCACAUUCCAGUGCCUAUUGCAACCCAGACAUCUAGGGCUGGUGUUCUUGGUCUACAACAACAAGUACAAGACUGUUGAUCAUUAUCAGUCGAAGGCACUGUUGAUCCGAUCAAUACUGGACAAGGUAGACCGAUGGAUAAGAGAGCCGAUGAGUCCUGAGACUUCACCUGAAAAUCAGGUGAGCGGGGUGCGAGCUUCGUACGCGGUGGUGAAGUUAAAAAUCGGCUGGAAAAAUGUCGUCUUUAUAGGCCAACCUUGGAAGAUACUAAUCAGAGACUUUUUCUCACUAAAAGUGAACUUCACGGUGUUCCACCAACAGUCUCCGAAUAGGGAGAAACAACCGUGGGCUCAUUUAGUCGCAGAAAAUUUCGGGGAUUCCGUGGGAUCUAAAGAGGCCAGGUUCAACGAUUCGGGCAUAUACUCAUGCACGGUGACUAGCGGUUGCGAUGAAUGCGAAUUUAAACAUUGCUUCGGACCGCGACGUUUGUUGGUUUUGCCAAGCACGCAGCUACUCCAUAUGUACUUACAAGAGCGUCGGUUAACUUCCACAGAAUCGAUAGUGGACAAUAUGUCAGACAGGCGCAUUGGUACGGGACAAAAAGCUUAUGCAUAUUGCGUCUAUAUACGCCCGAGGGGAUUUUCGCACAACGAACAACUUCAGUUUCGGGCUGAGUUAGAAGCUACUGCAUCAGAAGCGCAAAGAAUACUGCGGCAUAAAGAGUAUCCAACUCGGUAUGUGGAAGAGGCUUCUGGCACUGUGGUUACCACUACUUUUGAGUUAGAAGGCCCAAGAAUUAGUGGUGCCCAGAGCGUUUUGCGCAUGUCAUGUUCUUUGAACUUUGAUCCAAUAAACCUUGAUCCUGCAGGAAUGGUCACCCCAAGGCAACUCCAGUUCGUUCGCGUGAACCGUACACUCGAGGUGGAGGCUUGGCUUAAACCAAUUGUUUUUACAGAUUAUCUCGGAGCAAGUAACGAUAUGCUUAAGAAGUGGCUUCGACGGUCCCUUAAUGAACCGCUUGCAGCAUAUCAUUUCAAUCAACAGCCUGAGGUGAAGUACAUCAUUCCCGAGGACAAGGUGUGGUUCAGUGUGACGGCGUUUCACGGAAUACCCACAGGCUGGAUUUAUGCAUCCCAGUUUACCUUCCAGGAUGGUAAUAUUUAUGAAGAACCUUGUGUCAUUACCCGGCAAAGGAACUUGACUCGAGAGGCUCUCCCUCAGGCCAUUUUUUCGCAUCCAGAACUUGACACAACCGCCUUUAGAUCCAUGGCUUGGACUGAAUUUACGUGUGCAAUGCGCCGUGAACACUUUGCCAUAGCGAUCAUAGCGUACACUACUGCAUCAGAACAAAAACGUAACACUGUCCAGUCACAGGCAGUGCAACUGUUCACUCAGUGGUUGCGUUUGGUAGUUCAGAACCCCACGGAUCACAGGGUGAUCCCCGUCGGAAUCCCUCCUAGAUCGCUUGUGACCUACCUGACAGCCCGGAUGAGAGUAGGAUGGAAUGCAUCAGUUUUAGUAGGUUCCAAGAUUAGCAUGAUCGGCCACUUGACGACAAUGCAAGAUAAGCUAUACUGCUAUUACCAAUCGACCGCGGCCGCAGCACCUACGCCCAUUAGCAACAUGCAAAUUAUGUACCGUGAUCAGCCCACCUCUUUUGAACUAGUUAAACCAAAUGCACAGCUGUCUGAUGCCGGCAUUUAUUCCUGUGAAUUUGUUCGAAGUGAGUGUGCACAAUGCAAACCCCAACCAACAAUUAGUAACCGUCGUUUGGUUGUGCUGCCAGACUAUUCUGUGGUGAGCAUGUUCCUUACACAUCAGAAACUUGGGAUCCAGGAUAGGUGGGUUGCCAACUUUACUACAUGUGAUAAAGGAGGACAACCCAUAAUAUAUACGGACACGCUAAGUUACAUCCACUGUCAGCACUGGAAUCUCCCAAAUGACUGGCUUUUACUGGAAGUAGAAUUUAGCUCCAUUUUACUGCGCUGGGACGAAAAGACGGAGCCGUUUCCCCUCAAGAGAAUUCCGUCGCAAAACCGUUCAGACCAUGCGGUGCUGGAUUCGGCUGAGGUGGAUACACACAACCUCGAAGAAGAUGACUCCACUCUGAUUGUUGAAUGUCGUUGGAAAUACCAUUAUCCAAAGCCCCUUUUUAAUGAUUUGUCGGGGUUAAAGUCACCCUUUUUGCUGUCAUUGAAUAAAACAAUCCGCGUUAUGCUGCUUAUCACACCUUACAUACACCACCUGCUGGUAUCCACCGAUGAUUUGGCUAUUCAGGCGAAAAUGCGUAGAUUGGACUUUGAAACAAGCACAGCUGUGGAGUUUCACGCUGAUGAUUACUGUCUGAGGAUGAACGAGUCAAUCACCAUCAUUCACAUAACAGUCACACUUGGUGUUCCUCCAGGAUGGUUUGAAGCAUGGAGCUACUACCGCAAUGCUGAACAGCUGGUUAAGGAAGACUGUAUUCUAGUCAGUGCGGUCAAUCUUACAGAUUCGGUUGUCCAUCAGGCAUCAUUCAUACCAAGACAUCGAUUCAAUCGUGCGAAUACCGCCCUGAAUACCUCAUAUGUUUGUAAUCUACGUUACGAGCAUGUUGCAAUGGUUUGGGUCGCACAGCAUACACAAAGUGUCGAAGUCAACAUAACAGCGACGCGCAAAACUUUUGAACAAUCUAUACACUCGAGCAUCACACACUGGCUUAAUAAUCCACUCAGCAGGUACAAGUCGAAAAUCGACAGGUACGACAGUUCAUAUGCCACCUAUCGAGUCUUUAAGCUCGCCAUAAAUUGGCGUCACACGGUUGUACCUGGCGAGCAGAUUAAGAUACUCGGCUUUUACAACGGUCGCACCGGGACCAGUGUACGCUGUUUCCACUCACUUGGCGAAAAAUUUGAACUUCUUACCCGGUCCAAAGGGUUUCAUCUGGUAUUUCGGAAAGAGUUGUUCGGUUUUUAUCUCAUUGCACCCUAUGCUCAGUUCUAUCAUACCGGUCUCUACGUCUGUAACGUGACGGAGGACAAUUGCCGCAAAUGUGUGCCCCAAAUAGCGUUUGUGCCAAGGUGGUUGACAGUGAAGCCGGAUGUAAGCCAGUUUCGACUCUGGAUGAGUCACCGCCUUCGGGACCAGGCAGAGCGCUACUUUUUCCAAUGCACCGACGACAAUCAACCCUACCUCCUUGACAACGAGAUCGCGUACGUUUAUUGCUUAUUUCACUGGCCCGUCAAAACACAGCUGAACAUCCCAUCCUUCACUCUGACUACUGUUAAUAACGCAACGAACCUGACCAGUUCACUGUACGUGAAUGAAGUCAAGAGAACGGUAGAGCAACAAGAAGCGCAGUUUGUGGUCACGCAUGUAUUCAGCCUUGAUACUCGACAGGCUAGAGGUCCGGACCAACAGAUUGCGGUUAUCUGCGAAAUCCGUGUCCCAGAGGUGAACUUCACGUGGGCACUUGUAAAACACAUUCAUGUGUGGGUCCGAGUUAAACCGAUCAUAUUCCGUGCACAUAUUCUAACGAGCAACCCGAUUGUAACGCGGGCACUAAGGACUCAACUGGGACUAGAAGCUAUAUCAGCGAGGUCGUUUCAUCGCUCCUGGGUGGGUGAGCAUGUAUUAGAGGGCACACUUUGGAUACACUAUAUUGCCGGACUGGGAUCGCCCCAAGGAUGGUCCGGUGUGGAUUUGUUAUUCAAAGAUGGAUCUCGCAUACGAAGAAAGCGAUGCGAUGCCGUGCGUCAACCUCAUAUUCCUGAUGGACCAGCCUUACGGUCACUGCAAAGCACAGACCAUUUCGAGCAGACCGGUGGUGCUGACCUUGUGAAAUACAAGGUCAAUUGUCCAUUAACUUCUGACGUUAUAGGCAUUAUGCUUCUGGUGAUGAAUAGCUUUGAUCACCAGCUUUCACUCACAGAAAAGCUGGCUAUCUUCUACCGUUCCGUGUACUGGGCCGUACAACAGUGGUUGAAGGAUUCGAACUCCACAGACGCUACGUAUGCUAUACGGCAACCUCAGGGAACAUUACUACAGUAUAGCCUGAUUCACGUUCGAGUCGGCUGGAGAGCGAGCGUUGUACAUGGUGACCCGGUCGUCAUGUUCGGUGUCUUGUUGUGGAACCAAGCAGACAACAUACGUUGCACAUAUCGCGGACCAGCGGAUGCUCCUAAAAAGGAGAUCAAUAUUCGAAGGGACGGAGUUCAUGUCAAUAUAGAUUGGAAAAGCGGCUCAUUUGAAUUAAUCAAACCUACCGCUAAGUUAAGUGAUUCAGGAACCUACGAAUGUGCUUCAAAAAGGUGUCCAAGUUGUAAGAUAGUUCCGAUAUUGAUACCGCACCAAUUAAUCGUGGUUCCACAACAAUUGCAUGUGAUGGUGCAUUACAGCAAACUCAGCUCACUACAUUUGGGUAACUAUUCUGGUAGGAUCUACGAGCAAUACACUGACUCUGGUCAACCUUUCAUCUAUGAGGGUCAGUCGAUUAUGGUGAUCUGUGAACACCACGCCGAACAAAGCACUGCUUCGUGGAUGCAGUUACUUUUUGAAUAUGUGCGACUUCAUGCCAGCAAUUUGACGACAACUGUUUUGCCUCACGAAGAUACUGGUGUGCAAACCGAGUACAAAGACACUUACGUAAACGUUUAUACGGCACACCGGAUUGUUGGUCCUGUCAAGAUGAAGCACGGGGACAGUUUGCAGACUAUUUGUCGGUUGGAGUUAAACAAGCGACACAUUACGUCGGACGAUAUAAACCAGCGUUCUAGGACAACGGCAUUCCUUAGCAGUCGCCAGUUGCAAUCUCGCAUUUGGAAGAGUCCAAAGCUUAUUAGCAACUCGAUCAAUACGAGUGUACCACGCAUCACUCGUACACUCCGGUCCGAUAGUCAAAACAGACCGACGGCGCUGGAAUUUGUGCAUCGAUUCUACCGCGAGUCGUUGACCGAAGGUGAACUGUAUGUGGCUUAUUUGUCGUCACGCAGUGUCCCCGAAGGUUGGUCAUCUGUUUUCUCUAUUUAUAAUCACUCCAGCGGUUUUGUUGCUCGAUCGUGUGUAAGAAGGGUCGCCCAGCAGGAUGCAACGUAUCAUGUGUAUGCAGACAAGCUGAACUAUAGUCAGUAUGUAUGCGUUCUGAUUCGGGGGCAUGUAGGUGUACUUAUCUAUACUGCACAUUAUCCGGAGGAGAUGAAAAAUCGAACACACUUCGAGACGGAAUUUUUACCUUAUUCAGCCCGGUUGAUUGAGCGCUGGUUUCAUAAUUUCCACGAACAGCUUCGACUUCCGAGCGAUGCCCCAGGCGAUUAUCGAUUGGUACCUAUCCGCGUGCACUGGCCAAACAUAUUUCAUAUUGGUGAUGCGGUGCAAAUGUAUGGGUUGUUGGAUACAAAGGGUCUCUUGGCUCCCCUGUGCUUUUACGGUUAUUUGCGACCGCAUAGACCGCUUCUCCCGCUUCAAGAAUUUCAGUUCAUACUAAAUAGACCAUUUAGUUAUUUUAUUUUAUCAAAGCGACGCAUUCAGAUGACUGAUGCUGGUGUUUACAAAUGCACCGUCUUUCAAUGUUCAAAUUGUCCCGAUGUACUAGGCUUUGAAGAUCGACCGUUACACAUCCUCCCAGAUGUGUCAAUGUUAAGUCUGAAGGUGAAGCGUUUCUCUCCGACUGGGACGCAGCAAUCCGCCUGCCAGGAUGGUCCCAUUUCAAGUCUGGCACCGGGCGAAAAGUUGCUUAUCUCUUGUUCUCACACAGCACCAAAAGGCGCACUACCCGAUAGAUAUCACAUCAUCUCUUACGGAUUAGUGAGCGACUCGAGUGCGGACGGUAACCUAGGGAACCUAGUUACAUCAGAAAGUUUUGCGGAGCCAGAUCUUGUCACUCUGACCUCCGUCGGAACACUCAGGUUGCCAAACUUUCCAGAACCAUCGAAAAAAUGGCACAUUCAGUGCCAACUGCCACAGACCGUACUAGCUCGUGUGUCCAUUGACAGUCGCAGUGGUAGUCCUUUAAAUAAACAGCAAACGAAAAGUGAACAAUUGUUUGACAUUUUGAACAAACGAGACCCGGUGAUUAUUAAACACAAGGUGGAAACCCUUGAAGGUCGCAAAGUGCACAGUCUUAAUGAUUAUGUAACGUUAGAAUCUAUCCCGCGAGCCGGCAUCCCGGGUAGCGACAGAAAUCACAGCAUUGAGGAAGGCGCGUACAUAGUAACGUAUGUCGCUGAUAUCGGACUACCAUCAGGUUGGACCUUCUUAAGAUUGUAUUACGUGCAUCAGGGUGCAGUGAUUCACUCAGACCGUUGUAUAAACCUAAGGGUAAGAAACGUUUCAAGCAAUCCAUCUUAUCGUUUACACAAGAGUAUCUGUAUUGUGCAGCCUGAACACAUAGCGCUCCUCAUGGUGGCGGUACACUUACCUGAAAUGUUGCAACCUUGGUGGACAGUGCAGCAGAUGAUUGAGACGAUGCUACUCACCAACUUAACCAAGUGGCUUGGUUACAAGAGCAGAAUGCCUGUAGUUCGAGAUGAUGUAAUAUGUUUCAGAUUUGAUUAUCGCUUGCUUCGACUAAAUGUCAGCUGGAAAGCUAUUUUGAAUGCAGGUGAUCCAAUACGUAUGCAGGGACGUCUAGGAGCAUUUAAUCCAAAAUCGUUGACAUGCCAUCAUCAGCCAAAAUAUAAAGAAAAACCUACUAAACUAACAUCUGUAUUCAACAUAAGCUUUGUCCAACGCACGCGACAAUUUUUUAUCAUGAAACCGAACGCAGACCCCGCAGACACGGGUUAUUACCACUGUUUUGACCCGAACGUAUCAUCGCAUGCACCGCUCUACAUCGGAAUGCAAAAGCGUAAACUACUGGUGUUACCGUCUACAAGUCGUGCGCAUUGUAUUUUGUUUUUGGAUGAAGAUCGAACUAAGUUCGCGGAUCGUUUACAGCGACUAGAGGAGGGAAUGGUAUACUUAUUGUCAGGACAAACAGCGUUUAUACAGUGUGCAUUUGAAGAGAGUCUAGAAAGCCUCUAUGAUAUCAGUUUUGGAUUGGCAUACGAAAUUCACGAUACUCGGACCAAUCAACUACAUCAGCUCCCAUCUAUACUUUUCCGGUCGGAAAGAAACCAAAUCGACGGGAUCAGAUACAUUGUGCAUCUGCAUCGAAUCAUGGCUCCAUCGGCGAAUUAUUCUACUGGCUCACUCCGAAUUCAUUGUUUCGGCAAAUUAAGUGACACUGCUAUUCCAAGGAGUAUCAAUCAGUUCAAUGAUUCGGUGCAAGUAGGAUGUGACCAGUGGCUCACAAUCCGAGAGCCGGCCAAUGGGAACCUCAACAUAGAUUCUUUGGUUGACUAUUUUGAGCAUCAACCGGUCCCACUUGGAUCCGAAUUUACUUGUAGUGGUGGCCAGGGCAUGCCACCAAUAAGACAUUCUUGGGUACGCAUCAAACCACCCCUUUAUUCGGAUAAAAGCACUGAUGAAGAUCUGGCAAUGCUUCUCCCGGCUGAUGGUGGUGGCUGGGGUGGACCCGACGAACCAUUCGUGGAUAUGCCACGGGAUGGUCUGGAAGUGAUUGGGCCUCUACUACGAGUCCCCUAUAAUGAGAGUUACCGGGGAAUGAGUUACUUGUAUAAAUGUGUGGGUACGAACCAAAUUGCUGGUGUGUCAUUUAGUAUAAGCCGCACUAUACAUUUAUCCAUCCUCAUCUGCCCAACGGAUCAAAUAUCCAUGGAUAUGUCCAUGUACCAUAGCCCACGCCUCAUGGCAGCGUGCAGAAUUGUGAAUAAUCCCCACCCGAGUAUACAACACUUUGGUUACUUUUACCUUACUCUUGUGCGACAGCUAAUUUUGGGGCUUCCGUAUGGUGUGCACUCGACAAGGUUUAGUUUACUGUCCAGAAAAAGAACGGGCAUGGGUGGAUUAAAAAAAAGCUCAUUUCAUUGGACGCCUUUUAGUCCGCUAGUUCCACGAAACGAACUGCUGAAAAACAUCUAUUCCAAACAAGUAAUGCCAUCAUCAGGACAGGCUGCCUGCAUGUUGCGUUUGGACCCUCUUUCAGAUGUCGUGUCAGGUCUUAAUCACUUGUACCAGUCUGGCUUUGACAAAAAUCCAGUUUUCCUAUUUCCCGUGGACACCUUCAUGACAGUGGACCUCGAUGUCAAGCUGGUAGCUGAACUGAUCCGGUUGAAUAAAAGUGGGAUCAAGGUUAUACUUGCGUUCACUCAUCCCAUCCAUAGUGAGUACAAUGAAUACAACGAAAAGCUCAUUCGGCUGCUGUCACCUUUCAAGUACCUUAAUAUAUUGCCUUAUUUUGAAGGCACCUCAGAUUGCUAUAGUUGUCAACUCGAAUUUAAGGACAACAGAGCGCGAAUAGCUCGCCUGGGUUUGUUCAAUGCCGUUUGCCAAGCUGCAGGUAGCGUUGCGCCUCCUCCUAUUGACUCGCCGUAUUUGAUGUAUUCGCUACCUAAACGACUGUGGUCCCCUGGAUUGACGAUACUCAUCACAUGCAUGAUGUCCAGAACCAUUCCUAAUGCUUAUGCAGAAGGCAUCGAAAUGAGUAUUUGUUUAACCGACAAUAAACAUAUUGAAGCACUUGCACAGCCUCCGACUCCAAACGUACAACGGUUGAGAAAAUCGUGCUACCGCACACUCGACGCCCGACAGUUUUCAGCUUCGUCCGAAGAACGGUUACACAUGGGGAAAGGAAGUGUGACUGGAAAAGUAGUGGUACAAAACACCACAUACGGGCUUACUGUUCUUUGUUAUCAAAGGUAUGGAGAAGAGCAAGCCAAGUUGUUUGAUUCCAUCAAUUUUACCUACUUGCACGUGGUGAGAUCAGUCGACCAGAUUGGAAAGCCAAAUCUAUCCCUGGUGCAAUGGCCAAGUACGGAAACAGCAGCAGCCAAAUUUCGCUGCAUUUUUGAGGGAUUCGCGGCGAACUUGGAAGCUCUGCUGUUGUAUCAGAAGACGAGCCAUUUGAACUCAAAGAACACGAGAUACACAAUCAUACACAGAAAAGUUGUAUCAGCGAAUCCUGUCGGUCAUAGCACAACCUGCGCUUUGCAUUGGUUCGAGCUCUCGACAACGAUUGAAGAGGGUUUCUUCUAUUGUCUACUCCGACCAAUUUCAAACAGCACAAUAUCCCAGCGCUUUCUGGCGCAGCUUCCAGCGGUGUCUUCGUUCACUCGUUACAGUGACCCGUUGCCAAAACCGCGAACUAAAUUCUAUUGCCCCGUCAAACCCCAUUUAUCGCUCUUAGAGGAACAGCGGUUAACUAGCUUAAAAACCGGAUCUUCUCUGAACGCCAAAUGUACUGCUGUCGGAAAUUCCAUAGAACAUUCAGUGCAUCUUGCCUACCUCACUACGUCUUUUUCUAUAUUCCUGUGUUUUCACACUGGUGUUCACUACCGUAACGAAUCCACCUGUUUUUUGACAUUGCCUAGCGAUCGAGACUGCCAUAAUCGAUCUAGAACCGAUUCUAAGCAACUUUCUGAUUACUCCUUUGAGUGCGUUCACAGGACGGAAUCUUCUGAUCAUUUGAUGCGUCACGUUAUACUAUUCCGCAUUAAAAAGCUACAGGCAAGAGAUUUCAACGCUCGUCUGUUCUGUUACAUAGCCGGACAACAUGUGCCGGAUUCACAAAAUAUUCAGCAAAGUCUGACAAGCCGGGUCCAUGCGGUACGAUUCAAUCUUAGUCCACAAGUGGUGCAUUUCGCUUUCGUUCCGAACACAGAGAGUUGGCACUGUACAAUCGUUUCUUAUCCUUUCGUCGGCCAAGGGGAUUUACGUCCCAUCCGCGUCAUGCCACACUGGCUACGAAAACAACUCGCUGACUAUGUGUCUACAGUCAGCCGUGUGCAACCUCGCAUACUUCACGAAGAUUAUGUAUCCGGUACACGGUUUGAACCGGUGGAGUAUAGAAUAGACAUCUCAUUCCAUCCAGUGAUUCCAGUUGUCGGUGGGCUAAUGAGCGGAGAGGCGGAGUUCCAGUGCAGCGUGAAUGGGGUUAGUCAAAAUCUGGUCACAGUCAUCGGUCAAGGGAUCUCGGCUAAUGAAUCCGAUUCCGCCGUCCACAUGCUGCAUGAGCACGGCCGUCACAUGCGUCUCAACUGCUCGUUUGACACAACUGCAAGCAACCCUAUUACGCAGAUUAACUUACAUCGUCUGGUAGAUACCACGUGGCUGCAAUUCGAUCUCGUGUUGCUCACAGUCAAGGUGUCUAACAAAAGUGCUCAACUUUACCAGGCGAACAGCCCUUCGUCGACCUUUUACCUUUUCGGGCCUUGGGUUAUGGGUGGAGCUCCUGAAAUUCGUGUGCUCACGGAUGAUGCGGAAGGAAGGAGUGCGGUGGACAUCACAUGGAUCCGGGGCACACCGUGA